UUCCCUAGCCUCAUCCUGCAAACCACCAGUGGCCUGACGAUCUUUGUGAAUCUCUUCUCUUCAUCAAAGUUCUGAGCCCACCAUCAUGAGGAUCCUCUAUUUCUUUUUCGCCGUCUUUGUCUUCCUUUUCCAGAUUUCUCCAGGUUAUACUCAGCCGCCUCCUCUUGAAGAUACUAUUGCAUGCCGAAGUCUUGCUGGCUUCUGCAAAGCUGGAGCAUGCCCCCCAACUCAUGUCGUGUCCGGUACUUGCCAUGGAGGGUUACUGAACUGCUGCAGAAAGGAUAUCUUUUCAUGAAGUCCUCAUCACUCCACUCCAACCUCCACUGGUCCUAUCUGAGAAGCACAUCUACUACAAACGUUUGCUGUUCACCACUGAAAAGAUACUUCCUAUGAAUCCAUCAUACUAUGAUCACUCCACUUUUCUGUCUGUGUUCUGCUACUAAAGCAGAAGCCAAAAUGAGAUCAUGCAUGCAGCCCCUUCUUAACACAAAGGUUUCAUUGUUCAUAUCAGCUAAGUUCUGUUUAUACACCUCUCUUUCAAUAGCACCAUGAAGGGCCAGGUCUUGUGCUGUUUUGUUCUUCAGAUUAAGCAUAAAAAUAAAGAAUAGUUGACCAUCACA